AGAGAGAGAAUUUUCCGGAUAUCUGAGGCCCGAGUCCGGUUCGACCGGGCACCACCACCCAAAUUCGUCGCAGGCUUUCGCAGACUCGCCGUCGCACCAUCAUCAACUUCCUCUCUCUCUCUCUCUCCCUCGCUCGCGGAGGCGCUGCGGCGGAGGAGAAAGCGGAAGACGGACUCGUCGAGGCUGAUUCCCCGACGGCCGUCGCCAUCCGGACCGCGACGUCGGGAAACGCGAGCGAGGCUCCUGCUCCGUCCUUUCGUUCCGCGAGGCGGUUGCGCAGCAUGAUUGACUUGGCUGUGGAGCAUGUUGAAGCCACAGUCAGGGAGGAAAAUGAGAGAACAUGUUGGGGUUGUGGACUUCGCCUUCUUUUACCAUCCAACGCACCUGUUUUUAAGUGUGGUUGGUGUGGAGCCAUAACAAAUGACCACGCACAGAAACGAAAAGAUAAGUCCCUGUGGUGGAGACGCUGGCGUGACCGGUGCUUUGUUAGUGUUGUGUCAUUGUUUAUGCUCUUCAUAUUGUGCGGUGGAGUUUGGGCAGUUUACCCUGUUGUUUUCUCCAUCAGCAAUUUCUGUGGCAUCUUCCACUCCCUUGUAACUGCAGUAUUGGCAGUAAGUACCUUUACAACCUUCGGCCUUGCUGCAUUUCGCUGUGCGGGCAGGCCUCCAAAUAUACAGUGGGGCAGCUAUCCACUGGUGGGGAAGGGGCACCUUCAGGACUAUACCUUCUGUCUUUAUUGUUGUAAGCCAAAGUCACCAAGAACUCAUCAUUGUCGUUCAUGCGGAAUGUGUAUAGAGGACAUGGAUCAUCACUGCCCGUUUAUAGGGAACUGUGUCGGAGCAACAAACCAUCGGCACUUUAUUAUCUUCCUCAUCUUGACUCUAAUCAGCACCAUGUACGUCGCGAUUAUGUGUUCUUAUGCAGGGCGGCAUAUCUGGCCACCACCGAGGUUUACAUCUCUUGCUCGUCCACACACAUUUGGCAGCGGUUCUGCUUCAAGAGUGGUCAGAGAACUAUCUCUUGCUUUGUUAGGUUCUGCUAUGCUAUUGUCAACCAGGGGCAUUAUUCUUGUGUACUUAAUUGUUUCUAGUGUCUCUGUUCAGAUAGGCCUCACUGUCCUUUUAUGGCAACAACUAUGUUAUAUCUAUGAAGGGCAAACGUAUUUAAGCCAUCUAAGUUCAGGGGCAGGUGGUGGGUCUGGGGAGAGAGAUUGUCGAAACCUCGUGCGUUUUUUCGGUUGUCCCUACUCUUUCUCGAGAUAUUUGCCGAUUUUCCGGAGUUCUCGGAAGAGACAUAGAAUAUGAGAUAGGAUGUGAAAAAAAAAAAAAAAACUCUCUCGUUUCUCGAUGAAGAGUGUUUUUCUCCCAUAUUCCACUGCUGAAGAUGUCUAUUUAGGAAUCAUCUUGCAAUGAAUGCCUUUGUCGUCCUAUCUCUCCUUUCAGUUACCAUUAAUUUUAGAUUUAUAACCAGUGAUGCUGUUUGUCA